AUGUGAGCAGCUGCAGCAUGGUGCAUUCAACAUGGUGCCACUGCAUCAGGAGAGAGAAUCACUUCAAACACAGCCGCAACACAACAGAACACAGAGCAGCCUGGCAAAUGUGUAGCCAGUGCAACUUUUUGCAGCAGACAUUGGUCAAACUUUUGGCGUCAGCUCAUCGCAUGCGUGGACGAAUGGUUGAAUGUGUCACAUUGUUGCAUACAGACAUAAGCUGUGUCUGGUGAUAAACAUCUGUUUAGGUCCCUUCCUAUAAACCUGAUGUCAAUGCUAAAACCAAGAUCUGAGACGACUCAAAUCCACAUUGGAACAUACAGGUGAAGCAGAGAUGAUGAAGGAUGGGAAGCUGUUCCGAGUGAUUCAAGAAAACUGCUGGGAUGCAAAUGCACGCAUAAGAGACAUGGAUCGACAUGGUGUGACAGUUCAAGCCCUGUCUACUGUUCCUGUGAUGUUCAGCUACUGGGCCAAACCUUAUGACACGCUGGAUCUCUGCGUCAUUUUAAAUGACAAUUUGGCCCAGACAGUGCGUAGCCAUCCCAAGAGGUUUGUGGGACUGGGAACGCUGCCCAUGCAAGCUCCUGACUUGGCCGUCCUAGAGAUGAGGCGCUGCGUGAAGGAGCUGGGCUUCCCUGGGGUGCAGAUUGGCUCACAUAUCAACAACUGGGACCUCAGUGCUUCUGAACUCUAUCCUUUCUUUGCUGCAGCUGAGGAGCUGGGCUGCUCCAUAUUUGUCCACCCAUGGGACAUGCAGACAGAUGGGAGGAUGGCUAAGUAUUGGCUGCCCUGGCUGGUGGGCAUGCCCUCAGAGACGACCAUAGCUGUGUGCUCGAUGAUAUUUGGUGGUGUCUUUGAGAGAUUUCCUAAACUGAAAGUCUGCUUUGCUCAUGGAGGUGGCUCUUUCCCAUUCACCGUUGGCAGAAUUGAACAUGGCCACUCAGUCCGCCCUGAUCUGUGUGCAGUCGACAACAAGAUCAGUCCACGGAAAUACCUCGGUUCUUUCUACACUGACUCCCUAGUUCAUGAUCCCACCUCCCUGAAGCUCCUCAUUGAUGUCAUUGGAAAAGAUAAAGUGAUGCUGGGAACAGAUUAUCCAUUUCCGCUGGGUGAGCUGCAGCCUGGAUCACUGAUUGAGUCAAUGGAUGAGUUUGAUGAAACACUAAAGGAUAAAUUGCUUGCUGGUAAUGCGCUGGAAUUUUUGGGACUGAGACGAGAGCAAUUUGAGUAACAUAAAAGUCGGAUAUACAACUGCUGCACCCAGUGAUUCAGUGCAAAGGCUUUAUUCAGAUAUGCAUAUUUUGAGGAUUCAAAAUAUCAUGUAGUUUGUAUAGUUGAUAUAACCAAUGUCAUUGUGUUUGAUAUAAUAAGGUAAAUAAAUAUUUUAAUGUCAGUAUUGCUUUUGAGAAGGGAGAAUGGAAGCUGUUAUUACAUUACAUUAUUAAAUUACACUUGUGUUUUAAAAUUCGAUUUUAUAUUGUAGUGGUAAAUAUAAUGUUUUUUUCAUCUCCGUAAGAAGUCGUGUCAGUCACUGGCCUAGAGACAUUUUAUAAGCUGUAAAUGCCCAUCAGGCUGCCAGUCACAACGCCAUCUUAUUGAACAACUGGGUUAUUAAAACAGACCAUUUCUUUAUUUUAAACUUGAUGAGACUAAUCCCAACAGUCCUCUCCUAUUAAUGUUAUCCCUCACUUCUCACCAAUCAAUAUACUCAAAUUGCUAAGAAUAAAUAAAUGAUUAAAUAAAUAAAAGGUGCAGUGAUGUGUGCUCUACUUCAAAGAAGGGGUUAUGCAAUGAUUCUUCUUAAUGCUCUCUCUGGCUAAAAUUAACUUAGCAUCGUAUGUUUCUUGUCUAGUGAAGAUAAAUGAAAGCUAUAACAUCAAGCAUCCAGUUGAGGACUUUGUGUAGAAAAGAUGUAUCUUUGAAGCUAUAUCCUUUGCUGCUAAAGUGACAUCUAGAAUCUUUUUUUUUUUUUUUUUUUUGCCAGCUUCCUUAAUAUACACGAUAUUGAUACUGAUUACUCUUAUUUAAGUUGUGUGGUCUCUGAUGAAGUCAGUCAUUUAUUAUUUUUGGUUAAUUGGCCAUGCAUAUUCAUUCUCGCUGAAGGAAUUGACCUAAAGUAAGUGCAGAGUAGUUCAAAUGUGAAUAAAUAA